UUUAAAUAAUACAAAUUUAAAAAAUGGAGACCAAGAUUUUCAUGGCCAGAGUUGCAGACCAAUCCGAGAGAUAUGAGGACAUGGUUGACUUCCUCAAAGAAAUCGUUGUCGAGUCCUCAGAAGAUGUUACUUCUGAUGUCAGAAACCUGCUCUCAGUCGGCUUCAAGAACUUGAUUAGCGCCCAGAGAUCAGCUUAUAAAACUGUUCAAGCCAUUGAGCAGAACAAGAAGUAUGCUGAGUACUCAGAAGAUUGUGCUGCAUACAAAGAGAAGAUCAGUGAAGAGUUAGCAAAGAACUGUCAGAAAGUCAUCGACAUUGUGAACAACGACUGCCUCCCAAAAUCCAAAGAAGAAGAAGCCAGAGUAUUCUACCUCAAAAUGGUCGGAGACUACUACAGAUACACUGCUGAGACUGCCACUGGAAGCAAGCUUGAAGAAGUGACCGAGAACGCUGCUAAGUUCUACCAGCAGGCAACCGAAGCUGCUGAGAAGGAGUUGAAGCCAUUCAACAGCAACAGAUUGGGUCUGGCUCUGAACUACUCUGUGUUCUGGUAUGAGCUCAAGAACGACUCUUCGAAGGCUUGUGAAAUCGCAGAGAAAGCUCUCAAUGGAGCAAGAGAUGAGAUCGACAACAUGGAGAAUGAAGAAGCUAGAGACGCUCUAUCGAUCAUUGAGUUGUUGAAGGAGAACCUCGACUUGUGGAAGGAAGAAGAAGGUGCAGAAGAUGAUUAAUCCAAAAU